GUCGGCCCAACAAUUCACCUAGUCUGGACCCACCCACCCAGGCAGCCGCUCGGCUUCUCCGGGAAGUCCGGAUCGGCGGCCGCUUCCUCGCCGCCUACCAUGGCCGGCCGCCGCCGCCGCCGCGGACAUCUCCGACAAGAACGGCCGCCGCUGGCGCCUCCGCCAGAAAAUCCCCCGCCGAUGGAACCCACCACUCGCAGGGAAGUUGCCAUUCCAGAUAGGCCCCUCAAGAAAACCUGCCAUGCUUCAAGCUCUACCUCAACUUCCAUGUCUGGCCCUGAUGUCUGGGCAGAUCUCCUGGACAGCCUGCUUCUGCAAAUAAUUGCCCUCCUUAGCUCAUUCCGUGACCUCCUUGCUUUCAUCGGCACCUGCCGCUCUUGGCGCGCUGCAGUCUCUUCCCUCCCACCUGCAUUCAGCUUCAACUUUCCACCCCUCCAUUUCCAACCAGAUGGUUAUGAUCCUCAUCCCCACCGUAAUUACAUCAAGCAAAGCCUUUUAUCCAAUAUCAAGUGGCAGCUUGUUGAUCCUGCAAAGCAAACCUCCUCCCUUCGCUGUUCAGCACCCCAAAACUGUCAGGUCCGCAUGCGGUAUUUGGGCUGCUCAUAUGGUUAUCUUAUCUUCUCCAAUUUGGAGCAAUGCCUCCUUGUUGAUGCAUACAGUGGUGCUACUGUGAAGCCUCCCAAACUCAAAUCCACUGGUAUCUACUGUGGAUUCCUUGUAGCUCCCAUCAACUCACCCAAUUCGUGUCUCCUCUUUUGCUCGAGAUCAUCAAUGUUCCAGUGGCAGGUUGGAUCAAACUCUUGGUCAGAGCACCCUCUUGAUGUUGAACGCAUCCUUCAAGUUGUGUUCUUCAAAGGUGAGAUGUUUGCCAUGGACUUGCUUGGGAGGCUCCACAGAAUAAGCUUGGCGCCUCAGCUCAGCGUGCAGGAAGUAGCAGUUAUGUGGGGAGAGGACAUGGUUGUAGGCAUGAGUUUUAAGCAAUGGUUGGUGGUCUGUGGUGAAAUGCUUCUGUUGGUUGACUUCUCAGUAAGCAUUGACCGCUUUUCAGGCUUCAGUGGCACCUUUAAAGUCUUCUGCCUUGACUUUACAGUUGAACCAGCUAAGUGGGUAAAGGUGGAUAACUUGGGAGACAAUGCUCUCUUUCUUAGCAUGGAUAGGAGGAAUCCAACAUUCUCAUGCAUGAGCCCUGAACGAUGGGGAGGAAAAAGCAACAGUAUUUACUUCGCCAACCCAUCUGCAGAUUGUAAUGAACCUUGGAUUGUGGCCGAGCUUGGUGAGGUGGUGCCUGGCGCACCUUACUGUUCAGAAUCCAUCAUGGCACCCAGAUUCGGCAUCCAUCACCAGCGACCGCAAAGCCUUUGGGUGCUCCCCAAUUUGGUUUAUGGCAUUGGGCGAUGACAAAUCUUUGCUUGCCUUGGAGUUUUGGCUAUUCGUGGGAGCCCCUUUCCUUUACUACCCUAAUAUGAUGUAUUAACUGGCUAUUCUUGUAGCUGUAUGGUUUCAUUGACUUGGCAUUCAAUGCCCUCCUGUCCAAAUUAUGUUGUAUUGUCAUGUGAUAGAUACUACCCUGAAAUAUUGGUCCAUGAUCUAUCCAUGCUUUGCUGGGCUGAUUAUGCAAUAUUUUCCUUUUGCGUUA